AUGGAUCCCAUCGCGAUCAGUGUCUUCAUCAUCCUCUUCGUCGCCGUCUCGAUCACCGCCUCCAUCUCUUUCCUCCCUCCAUCGCUCGGCGAUUGCUCCAUCUGCUUGUCGCCGUUCAAGCCUGAGGAUCGACUACGCCAUCUCCCGCUCUGUUCCCACGCUUUCCACCUCGAUUGCAUCAGCACCUGGCUCACCUCGAACAAGACCUGUCCUCUCUGCCGCUCUCCUCUCGAUCACGCGGCGGCGGCGGCUAAGGAAACAGCGAGUAUUGCAGCGGAUGUAGGUCACGACGGUUCCAGGAGCUGGCUCAGGGAUCUCUCUCGUGGUAUAUCUUCCCGUGCUCUGUCCUUUAGAAGCUCGAGUUCGUUUUUCACCGGGAGCAGUCGUCGCGGCGGCACGGUGGAGGUGGUGGAUUUAGAGGCCGGAGAUGAGAUCAGCGAGUAUUUCCGAUGGCUCUCAACUGUUUGA